GAGAAAACAAAAAAGGCAGUAGGUUUUAUAAAAUUAAACAAAAGUUUGAAGCUGAACUCAAUAGAGAAGUAGAAUUCUUCUGAGGAUAGAUGGGAAAACGGGGGAAGAAAGGGCAUCAGCAACAGAAAACAAGUCGUAGUAAAGAGUAUUACUAUGCUUCUGAAGGUGAACAAGAAGAGAGAAACCAUGUCAUUCUUCCUUCUUCUUCAGAUGAUGAAGAAAAAGAAACCAAAACUGACAAUGAAGAGGAACAAGAAGAACAUGAAGGAAAUGUCGAUCAAUCGAAUCCAAAUUCAAGUGAUAAAUGCCCAUCUAAAUUCUCUCUGUACCAGGAAUCUGUUCAGUCUCCAAAGGGUGAUAUCAGUUAUCUUCAGAAGUUUUUCUUGAUGUAUGUUGGUGGAAGACAACCUCUUCAUCUCCAGGAAGAUUUUUGUGGGACUGCUCUACUCAGUGCGGAGUGGCUUCGGACGGACUCGAGAAGAACAGCAGUAGGAGUGGAUAUGGACCUUGAGACACUUGAAUGGAGCUUACAGAACAAUGUUGAUAAAAUUGGGGCCGGGUAUUCUAGAAUAUCGUUGUUUCAUGGGGAUGUAUUGAGACCUAAGGAAGCUAGGCUGGUAAAAUGUGGAAUCCAGGACUCUAUGGAAGACAUGAAAUUGGAUGACUGUGAAGAGGGGUGUAUGGAAACUGAUGCUGGGACUGGUAGUCAAAUGAAGGAUGGGUUGGUGAAGGAGAAUUGUGUGUUGCCUCCGAUUGAUAUUGUUUGUGCGUUUAAUUACAGCUGUUGUUGCCUUCAGAAGCGAACAGAUCUGGUAUUGUACUUUAAGCAUGUGAUUGAUACCUUGUCUAAGAAAGGUGGAAUAUUUGCAAUGGAUGUGUAUGGGGGUACUUCAUCUGAGCAUGGGCUACGUCUCCAGAGAAGGUUUCCAAAUUUCACGUAUACGUGGGAGCAAGAAGAAUUCGAUAUUCUCCACCGUACAACAAGGAUAAGCCUCCACUAUAAUCUCCGGAAGCAGCAACGCAAGAUUCGCCAUGCAUUUUCAUACAGCUGGAGACUGUGGUCAUUGCCCGAGAUUAAGGACUGCAUGGAAGAAGCUGGAUUCAAAUCUGUCCAUUUCUGGAUCAGGGAGAUGCCAGACACCAAGGACAUGAAAAGUACUGAAGGUUUUGGUGUUGGGCGAGAUGUCAAGUAUGAGGAGGUCUCAUCUUUCAAACAACAAGAUGCAUGGAAUGCCUACAUUGUGGGUGUUUCAAAAUGAAGUCCCAAGUUUAAUGUCUGUUUACUUUGGAAUGGAAAACAAAAUGUAACUCCGAUAGAAUAAGAAAGGCCUGUAAACCUUGAUUUCUGUGAGUUAUUAAAACUUUUGUGCUAGAUUUGAAAUGCAUCCAUUCUCCCACUGA